CUACCACCGUACCACCGGCUACCACCGUACCAUCGGCUACCCCUUCGCCGACGACCACCCCUAGCGUUACCACUACUACGGCAGCUCCUACACCUGAACCCUCAACUACCACGGAUCCACCGGCUACCCCUUCGCCUGUAGUCACCUCUGGUAUUCCCAACAUCACCACUAUCACACCAUCUCCUUCCCCCCCGACGACUACCAAGCUGCCACCGCCAGUACCUCCAUCAACCACCCUUCCCCCAGAUACAACUCGCCCCACAUUGCCCGUCACGACGUCGCUUCCGUUCGUCACCGCUCGACCGAAAGAAACCAUCUCACCACUUGUGGACGAACUCAUCAACGCUAAUAGUAGUAGUACUAGUAGUUUAUCCGCCACGCCGCGUGCGACAACGGUGGCCGACAGUCUCUUGGACCUCGCGCCCCCAUCCACCACCACAAUCACCUCAAAAGGCAUACCCACCACCUCCACCGACGCCGGAGACUACUCCGAGCCCGCCGCCGCACCGCGCCCGCUGUCCACCCAGCGCAAUAAAACGAUGUCCGGACGUGUUGGUACUCCUGCAGACCAAGGCACCGCGUCGCAGCCCGUGUCGGUCGCGGGCGCGGAAACCCCCAACACCCAGACCAACCGAUACAUUUUCAGCGCCGUGGUGGGGGUCACGCUCGUGUUUUUGGUGUUCUUCCAUGCCAUUGCGAUCGAUCCGUCGUACGUUCCCCUAGAUGCGACGCUGCUUGGCGCGUUCACGGCGCCCAAUUCCUGGGAACUGCCGACAUUUGUCCUGUUCAUGCAGGGCGUGGCGCUCGGGUCGUUUGCCAACGUGAACGCGCCGCACGCUGUCUUGGUCGCGUUCACCGAUUCCUUGGCGUGGCUUCAGUUUCAAGUCCGACACGAGGCUGCCAGUGGCGGUACCCGGCGGCUCGAAGCUGUGGCUACGGAUGAUGGGGAUGCCGCCGUCUACGACACGUUUGGCAUCCAACAGUUUGCGCUGCGCAGCUCGAUCCGUGAAAAGGACCUGUUUCUCCACGCCUGGACGUUCUUCUUGAUCGGCCUGGCUGUCCUCAUGGCAUGCGCCAUCGCAUGCACGGCGGUCGCCCGCGUGCUGCACGACCGAGAAGUUAACGGCACCACGUGGUUCCAUCGCAGCCUUUCCAACCACAACCGCCGCCACCACCGUCGUCAACGGACCCACAUGUCGUCGUCGUUAACGUCGUCGCAACCGCCCCAUGUUACAGCAAACCACAUGGCCCGGUACGUGCUGGCGUUCACAGUGUUGUGGGGCAUUGUGAGCAUCCUGCCGCUGUCGAUGCUGUCGGCGUACGAGUGCAUGCAAGACGUGCACUCAACGUCCGGAUUUGGGUCCUUCACGGGCUUGGUGUCGCUCGCGGCGCUCAUCGCGGUCGUGUCAGCCGUCGUCGGCACAGCCAUCGCCGUCACCUCCAUGUCCGAGGUGGACUUGACCAAGUUCAACACCAAAGCCAUGUUUGGCGUGCUGUACGUCAAUUUGCACUACGACCACCGACUGUUUAGUGCUGUGUCGCUUGUGGUCCAGCUCGCGUCCGGCGCGGUGGUGGCUCUGGCCCCAACUGCGUCGUCUCAACCGCUUUGGCUCAUGGGCGUCCAUGCUAUCUACAUGGGGCUGCUCGUCGCCGUCCGUCCAUUCGUCACGUCGCUGCAACUCAUGACCACGGUGCUCUUGGAGUUGUGCCUCCUUGCUGUGUUUGCCAUGGUGGCGGUGAUGGCCAGUCCCGCGACCAGCCUCCAGACUAAACGAACCGUCGCGUUUGGCGUCGUGGGCGUCGUCUGCUGUGUGAUCCUCAUCUGCCUUGUGCGCAACUUGGUCAAGCUGUGGGUGUACAUAGCUGGGAAGGUGCCGUUUGACGCCGACGACGACGACCAAGGCGACCACGAUGUGACGUCGCGACGACGAAAGCGGCGCACCACCAGACAGUUGCAGCUGGUUGUGCGGUCGGGUUGCGACCUUGGGCCAGACACGGGGGGGCUGCCGGCGUCGCCGAUCAACACGAUUCAGUUGGUCAAAGCCAGCAACAACCCUCUUGCGAUCGUGUAACCCCCGUACAAAUGUAAGUAUGUUUCUCUAAAUGUAAAUUAGUUUUCAC